AGGCGUGAGCCACGCGGCUCCAGAGCCGCCGUUUUCACUUCCGAGUUGAAGAAGAUCCGGUUUGCAGAGGGAAAACGAGGGCACGAGCGCGAGUCACUGACAAGAAAUUGGAGGUGACGGGAAUAGCUCAAGCUGUCAUGAGAUGGAUCACAAUCAGCCUUGUUGUGUUUGCCCUGGCUUCUCAGGUGGCUGAUGCUACGUUGUCAAAGACAGAUACCAAAAAAGCUGCCUCAAAAACCCUGGAGGAAAAGACUCACUAUUCGGAUAAAAGAGUGCAAGACCGUGGCCUGGUUUCUACUGAUUUAAAGACGAAGGAUAUUAUCCUAGAGUACAAAAGCUACUGUGCCAAAAAAGCACGAGAACGACACUUUGGGGGAGAUGUUUUGGGCUACAUAACACCUUGGAACAGCCAUGGCUAUGACAUUGCUAAGAUAUUUGGAAGCAAAUUUACGACUAUCUCGCCAGUCUGGUUGCAGGUGAAGAGAAGGGGCAAGGAGAGGUUCCAGGUGACAGGGCUCCAUGAUGCUGACCAAGGUUGGAUGAAAGAAGUGAAGAAGAAUGCCAAAAACAUCAAAAUAGUUCCACGAAUUUUGUUUGAAGGCUGGACUUACCAUGACUUUGAGAGUGUGUUUGUCAGUGAAGAUGAGAUAGAAGAGCUUUCCAGCAACCUGAUCCAAAUAGCCAAGAAUGAGAAUUUUGAUGGCUUUGUGGCUGAAGUUUGGAGUCAGCUAGGAAAUCAGAAGCAAACGGGUCUGAUUCACUUGCUCACUCACCUCUCGGAAGCUUUGCAUCAGGCGCGGCUGAAGCUGAUGCUUGUCAUCCCUCCCACUGUCAUGCCUGGAACCAAUCAGCUGGGAAGUUUCACAAAGAAAGAAUUUGAUCAGCUAGCCCCAAUAGUGGACAGCUUCAGCCUCAUGACAUAUGAUUAUUCAGCACCACAACGGCCUGGCCCUAAUUCCCCUCUACCUUGGAUGCGGGCGUGUGUUCAAAUGCUGGAUCCAGAAGCCAAGUGGAGAAGUAAAAUUCUUCUGGGACUGAAUUUUUAUGGCAUGGACUACUCUGCACUCAGCGCUUCUGGGGAGCCAAUAAUUGGAAACAAGUAUAUAGAAAUCUUGAAGGAGCAUAAACCUAAGCUGGUUUGGGAUGAACAAAUAGCUGAACACUAUUUUGAAUACAAAAAAAGUAAAGGAGGCAAGCAUGCGGUCUUCUAUCCAACUUUAAAGUCCAUCCAACUGCGGUUAGAGCUUGCAAAGGAACUGGGCACAGGAAUCGCCAUCUGGGAACUUGGCCAAGGACUGGAUUAUUUUUAUGACUUACUUUAAAAAUAUGACACAUCCUUUUUUUCAUUGACAUUUCAUCUUCAAUCAAAUGGAGCUGGAGGGGGGGUGCAGGAUGGAUUUUUUUGUGGGGAGGGGGGCAAUGUAAUUUAUAUGGAAUCAGUUUCAAAUUUUCCCAAUAAAGAGUAUCUUUUGA